AUGUUCGUGCCGUCUUACGAGAAUCAAUGGGCCUCGGCCGGACGCUGGUCCCCUCAAACGCCAACUGGUAGCAGUGCCUACCAGGUCAAUGUGAACCGAACCAAGACGAAAAAAUGGGUCGAGGCCAAGGUACAAAGCUACGAUGGCGACGAUUGGGGGGCUGACGAAUAUGACGAUGAAGAAUCUGAGGAAGAUGUCCCGCAGCCCUGGCCCAAAACAUCCGCACGCGCUGCUGGGACGAGGGAAGCAACACUUCCAUCGCUGCAGACGCAGCAAUCUUCUGAAAAUUGGACGCCCACAUCACAACCGAAAUCGACAACUUCGACCCCACCUGUCGUAUCCGGGCCCUCAGACUCUGGCUUUCCUCACACCGAGGCCGAAGUAAUGGUGCCCCCACGUGUUUUCAAUACUGUACAUGAUGUUGGAAACCGUUUCAACCACUCGGAGAAGGCAAAUGAUGAUCAGGCGCCUGACUUGGUAGGUCCCGAGCAGGUCAAUCCGCCGUCUUUUGUUCCAUCUUCAGACAUCUACGGUCGCCUUGGGAAAGCAGGUGAAAAGGAGCGAAGGUCACCCAGCUCGGCUGAUGCUCGACCUGACUCCAUUGGCAGAGACGAGACUUUUCAUCUUGGAAACAGGACUGAGAUGUCUGGUCGGAACGCUGAUUAUGACGAUCGCCAGACUUCUCUCAGCCCAAAGUUGCCUGAUUUGGCCAGAAUGUCGGCCUUUGGCACGGAUUUCUUCUCCACCGGCAGUGUUGAUUCAUCCAAAGAUGAGCCAGCUUCUAGACAUGACACUGAGUCUGGUUCUCUCUCAAAUCCCUCAACUACCAAGGCAGAAGUAGUCCCGCAGGCGUCUCAACCAGCGGUGGAAGUUCCGGCCAAGGAGAAGACGGCUGUUGUUGAAACCCCUACGCAAGAAUAUGAGGACAAGAAGACGGCCAACGGCGAACUAUAUCAAGUUGAAUCGCUCCCAACCAUUGCCUCACCUGUAUACGCAAAUACAGAUGAUUCAGAAGCGGCUGAAAUCAAAACGCCUGCGUCGCCUACAGCAAAUGCUACUCCCCGUAAGCUUUCCAAGGACACCAUCCCUGUAUUGCAUCCGAGCUCGGAUAUGGAUAUAAUUGCUCCACUGCGGACUCCAAGUCCACGCGGUCCAGCGCUGCCAGCCCCAGAAACCCCGGAGACUCCCCCGGAUGCUGCCGGCGCUCCUUUAGCAGCAGCCAUCAAGCCAACAGACCAUGGCUCCGAGGUAAACUUCGAACCCAACCGCAUCCAGCGCGAGACUACUUUCAGCACGGUGGCCUCCUCCCCUGUCAAGGACAACGAUGUGCUGAGUGAUGAGAUUUUAAAGUCUUUGAACCCCGUCGGCGGCUCUACCCAGGAAUUCAACCGAGCUCCUAGCCAUAGCUCUCAAUCGUCGAGCAUUCCAGCCGGUAGGGACAGCAGCUACACCCUUCGGGACUACCGCAGCUAUUGGGCGGCCACCGAAGAUAAGGCCAAAUCUCUUGAGUCUUCUGCGUCUUUCCCCGCCAUCCCCGAACUUCCUGAUGCCCUGAAUGAGCCUGCUAGUCGAUCUACCGCCAGUUCUGCGGACAAAGCAAGCGAGUCAGUAGUGUCACCUCAGUCUCCGGAACUCCGCCGUCGAUUCUCUUGGGAAGCAGAGAACACAAGCCUAGCACCCACGCAACAAAGCCCCACCGAUUCGCAAUUGUCCGCGACUCAAACACGCGGGAUAGUCGUUGAGCAGUCGGCAGGUGAUGUGAAACCUGAGGUAGACAACAAGCAAUUAAAGCACAGACCGUCCGAUGCCGCUCACGUUUCACCUCAAGUAUCUAGCGGCAGUAGCGGCCAUUCACCUCGUGGCCAACAGGCCGCUGUUGAUGAAUCUUGUCCUCUUUCUCCAGUCAGCGAUAACGCCGCCGCCGGAGCUUAUGCUAAUAACGGCCUUUCGCAGGCAUUUGAGAAACCUGCCUCAAGUCUUGUGUCGGCUGUAACGACAGCUGAUGACCAGCCUGUUCUUGCACUCCAGACAUCUCCUUCAGCCACACCGCCUCCAGUUUCUCCGGUCUCACAACAGGCACAGCCACAAACCAUGAGUUUCCGAGAAAUCAUGAGCCUGAACAGCUCCAUCGAACGCAUUGCCAAGUACAACGAAACACGGGACAUAUUUUCAUCGACAGAUUCUGGUCUCGCAACUUGGCUCAUUUACCUCAAAGCUCAGCAUCCGGACAUCUCAACCUCUGGCCCCUUGUUUGGUGCCCAGGGCCCUCGGCAAGCGCCUCAAGGAGCAAGUGCGGCGAAUCCCGUGACAGGAACACAACCCAACCCGGCCCAACAACCAUAUUACCAGCAAUAUCUCAAUGCCAGCUCACCGACCGCCUCUGGCUCUCCCCCUAAUAGGUCUCGUCUAGGCGGGCUGCCAAUACCGUCGCAAGUAUCUGGCAGCACGUUUGGGCACUCUGGCAACCAGAUCGGAACCAAAAGCAAAGAAUUCAUGCAUUCGGCGGGAAAGAUGGGCAAAGGGCUGCUUAGCAAGGGGCGGAGCAAAUUGCGUGGGACUGGGGACAAGGACGAAUAUCUCUCCGAGUCCGAAGCUGAACAGGCCAGGGCCAAGUCCAAGUCCAAAACCAAGGCUAAGGCUGAUCGGCGAUCGUCGUGGGGCCUGAUGCUCGGGUCAAAACCGCGUCCUGAAGAAGCCGCCCCACAAGCAGAUGCCAACGCCGCUAGCUCGAGCAAUUCCCCUCUGCAUGCCACGCAACAACGCGCUGCUCCAGAUGUCGCAUCAUCGUCAAUGGCACCUCAGAUCCCUCCAGUCGCCCUUGCGGCGCCGUUGUCACCGCUCAAUCCGGCGGCGCACUCGGAAUAUAUUCCGGAGUGGAGAAGCGUGGCGAUUGAUUCUGCAACGACCCAUCCGGCCGUGGCCCUGCGCCAACCCGUCCCGCCCGCUCAGGCACGAUCCAGCCAUCCGUCGCGGGCCACUAUUGGGUUGCGCAAAUUAGAAAUCCCCAAGUUGCCGUCAUUGACGGCCAACGGGGCUACGACUGCUCCCGCUUUGUCAUUGCCAAGGGCAAGUCGCGGCCAACCGGCUGGGGAUGACGCGCGAGGCCUUCACACAGCUGCCACGGAACGCGCUGGUCAUGAGUGGGCCAUGAUGUCUCAUGACCAUGGUCAUCAGCAAAUUCACCAACAACCCAAUUUUCAACAAUCGCAGGUAUCGCGUGCCGCUUCUGGCAUCGAACAAAGCAGUAAUAGACCGAUACCGCCUGAGCCCGAGGGGGAACCCAAGCGAUCAUCUUCUUUCAUUGGGCUGCCGCCUAUAAGACGCAGCUCGACUUUUGGUCUCACUCCAAAAUCUAAAGCUCGAAGAGCUACUGAUCGGUUCCCUAUCGACGACGACGACGACGACGAUGAUGAUCCGUCGAGCCAUGCGUCGAUUGCUGACGCUCCAGCUAAUCCGCCCGCACCUCAAGUUGCUAAUAAUCACCCUGCCGAUGCCAUCUCCGCCCCUUCCCAGCAUAUCAAAGAUGAGAAAGCCGGUAUGGACAUUGCUCAUUCAGAAGCAGCACUUGAUGGUCCUCAUGCAGACGUGGCGAGACGACUACAACAUUCUCCCCAGCUUCAAGCACCAUUUGCCAUGGGCCCGAAGCAGCAACCCCAAAUCAAAACAGAAACACCACAAACUCAAAAUCCCCAAAGUUCUCGGCCGUGGAUGCAUCAUACGCAUAAGGCUCCGUUCUCCGGUCAAUGGAAAUUAGAGGAAAGCCGGUUGUCUGAGCCUCUAAAUCCCGUCUCAAAGAAUCGGCCUGGGACUGCUGGUUCUCAGCAACAAAUCAUGUAUGGCUUUGACAAAGAGACCGGAAUAUCAUUUCCAGAAUUCAAUCUGCCGCGCCCGGGGCAAGACCCGACUCAUCAGCCUCCGCAGCAUCCUAUUCCAAACCCAAUGGCACCGCCUCCUCCCCGCCAGCGUUCUGAUGUACCGCCAUCCUCAGCACAGAGAUGGCCUGAGCUGUUCGCCUAUCCCCCAGAUCAGCGUCCUGGAUCAAACUUUCGCAAUAGUGGACAGCCAUACCACCCACCCUAUCAAAAAGCCCUUGCUCGUGAUGACUUCGUGAUGCCCAGAGCCCAAGCCGGUGAGUUUGCCAUCCCUGGAGUUGUUCCUCCCGACGAAGACCGCGGGCGCAAGAGCAGAAACUCUGGCCUGUUCAAGGAUUUGGGCCAACGAAUCGCCAGAGCCGCAUCCAGGGAGCGUCGAAGCUCCAUGGACCAGCGACCAGCAACUAAUGAUCUCCGUGGAGACGGAGCAUCAGAUUCGAGCAUUGGCACCGGUGAACUGCCGGAGCAAGGCAGGCGGCGACCAAGCUUUCUUUUCGGCCGUUCUGGUCGCGCACCUACAGACCCCGACCCAAGACAACAUGUUUCGACUGGACAAGAACAAUCAUUCCAGGAGGAGCAGCCUCCUAGUACUCCACCUCCAGGAGGUAAGAGGCGGUCAUUGCUUGCGGGAGGAGGCCUUGGUGGCAAGCUAGGCCCAAGCAGAUUGUCACAGUCACCCUCAUCCAACCUGGAGCAAGUCCAGGUUACCAGCCCGACUACCCAACCAACCGAAGGCCUCAGCGACACCACCCCGCAGAAGAGGAGGUUUUCCGGAAUAUCAAAGGUUUCAAACUUGCUUAGUCGGAACAAACAUGAGAGCAAGCCGAGUCUUUCUCAGCUGCAGCCAGAGGUCGAGUCUCUAGAACCUCCCGUACCGGCAUUCAAACUUUUGGGGCGGCCCAGCACCGCUAAUUCUGCGGCUAGUUCCCAAGAGCGCAGGGCUGAUGAGAGUCCCGAUCGCCGUGGACGACGGCCAUCCAUGUCCGAUUUGAUAUCGGGGAUUCUGGGGAAGCGAUCAGCGUCCAAGACUGGGGAGGCUGUUGAGGCUCUGGAUUCGCAAGUUUUAUCCCAGCAUCAAAUGAGCAUGCAGCCUCAAAGUGCAGACAUCCAAGAGCACAGAAUAGCGCAACCCGAGCAGCAUGAACGACGAUAUCCACACAGCCCUGAUCAGGUCAAAAUGCCGCCUCGGCACGUGGACGCACCGGGCCUCCUUAAAGGCGACGACUCCCAGGCAGAAGUCUUGCCUGUUGGAAAUCAAGCUCAUAUACAGCCUCAAUCUCUGGGGAGUCCCCAAUCCACACCAUUUCAACAGCGGCAAUCGCCUGCUGCUGACCAGUCUAAGCCGCGGCCGCCAGGCAUGGGCAACGGCCAGCCACAAGGAGUUUCUGGAAGCGAUCAACCCCAACGGCACUACUCUCCUGCUGCUGCUGGGGGGCCAUCUCCUGUGCCAACCCAGCAACAUGGUUCUCAACAAUCUAUGGGUUUCAUGGGGCAAAGUGACGGGAUGCAGCCUCCUGCUAUGAACAUUGAUCCAUCAAUUCGAUUUGUGAGGCCGUCUCAACCGUCUCCUUUAGGCCUGGUUCCUCGAAAUUUCCGCGAGCAGACCGAGCCGGAUUCUGCUUCUGCUGUGCAGUCUGGCCAACGGAUUGAUGGAGAAAAUCCUAUUGAGCGACGGGAAGAACCGCGGGUGUCAAGCCCUGUUGCCAAAUCAACUGAACAGCAGCAAGCUGUUUCUGGAGAAUCGAACCCUCAACCUGAUCGUGAAGCCCACAGUCCCGGCCCUGCUGAUGGGGAGAUCAUUCGAAUAUCUACCGUCUCCCCUGACCUUUCCACGACGUCGGACUGGAAGGCUAAGGAACAUCACGAAGAUGCGCAUCCCAAUGAAGCUCGCAAUGAUUCUAUCGAUCUUUCCGAUGAGCGUGAUUUCACUGUUGUAAGGCAAAGCAAACAACCAGCUUUGAAAGAGAUGUCGCAACGUGAGCCGCCAAGGGGCACCGAUCUUGUUGACAAAACUGUACCUGUGGCGCCAAUCGUACAGCAAACCGUGGCGUCACCGCAAUCUAGCCCUGAACAGUCGCAGACUGCUAGAGAGCCAAUGAUAUCCCCAGAGGAAUCGCAAAAACUCCAUAUUUCGCAAGGCCCUGCCAAGGAAAAUCGUCAGUCUCCACGACAAGACACGAGGACGGAACAGCUCCACGGCCUUGGGCUUCAGAUGCCGCAUCCAGGACAACAGGCCAGAUCACAGUAUUCCCAGUACCCCGUCCACGCUCAGCAAUUACAGCAGAUACAACCCGGCCAACACCAGCCCCAGCGGAUGCAACAGCCAUACUUGGGAAUGCCACCACAAGCUGGUGGACCACCGGGUGCUCCAGGUCCUGCAACACAAUUUGGGAUGCCGAAUCAUCAAUACCCCAUCCAACAAGACCCUAGAUUCCAUUCUCCGCAGACUCAGCAGACGAAAGUUCCACAAAAGGAAAGUCCAGGAUCGAGAUGGAAAGGCCUGACGAAGCGUAUGUCAGAACAAAUGUCGCAGCUUGGACACCACGACACUACCCAGCAGAAACCAGAGAAAACCGAGAGAUCCACCGGAAACAAGCUGCUGGGAGCCUUCAAGAGGAACUCGAAGCAAAGUGAUACUCAGCAGCCCGGACCAAUUCAUGGGGGCGCGACAAAUCACCCAACGGGUCAAUGGCAAAAUGCACAGCAUCAACCAUAUCAACUGUACUGGGGCCAACAAGGCAUUGAAAAUCUCAAACAGCCCGGCCAGCACCAACCCUUGGACCCAAGUAGCAUUCCCAUGCCUCCUAGCCAGGGGCAUAGUUUUUACGCACCUGCACCAGUGGCUGUCACACCUGGUCACCAAGCGCCACGUGAGAAUCCGUCUCAACAAGCUCGGCCGCAACCUGAGUCUGAACCUCAAUACGAUUAUGUACCUAUUCCACAGGGUUAUGCAGCGGUUCAUGGGGAGGGCAUGGUCCUCCCCACAGCCUAUAACGUAGGGCGACAGUUCCCUCAGAUGAAUUUGAUACAGAUGCAGCAACACUACGGGCAACACAGUCCUCGCAUGCCACACCAGCCGCAGUCACGUCAACAACCGAAACAGGCGGCUUCACCUCUCGCCUCUCAAUAUUCGUCUCCUCGCCGAGAUUCAGAGUCUUCUUCUGGGAUAGUUCAGUCGCCCUCCGCCCCCUCUGUGCCCUCUCCUGAUGGGCAACCAAGGAGCGUGAGGUUGGAUAAUUUGAGGAGUAACACUGCUAGCAUCACGCCACCAGUACACUUGAGAGACUCGCCAGUGGUAACAGCACCACAGAGCCAGGAGGGAGAUCCGCCUCAACCGCAACCGCAACGUAGUAGCACACGUCUUAGUACGCCACAUAUCAACAGUAACAUGCCCAGCAAUUCACCGUCGGAUACCGGUUCAGUAUCACAGCAGUCCAAGUCCCCCACCCCACAAGCAGAGUCAGCAAUACGAGUUGAGCCUACCCCCGAGACGGAGGACAAGGCUACGACAUGUCCUGCCAAUAACAAUGACCUCGGAGUUGACAUAGCCAAGGCCAAGCAGCAUCAUGACGAUGAUAUAUACGAUGCCACACCAAGACUGGCUAAAGCUGAAAAAGAUGAAGAAUCUAAAGUUCACGAAAUAAGUCGAAAGGUAUCUGAAGACAGUCUAUCAGAGAAGUCUAAAAGCAAGGAAGUCCCAAAGACGACCACUCAAUUCACGGCCGAGUUGGAAGAUACUGCGGGCGCUCACCAGCGUCGAGUUCGACUAGCAUCCCAGGAAGAAAAGAUUUGGAUCGACCCCCAGGACGAUCCUAAUUACCUGCCGCAAAUGAGCGCAACGAGCUACCCGGGUCAAGAAUGGAAUCCGUACGGUGACCCUGACUUUCUCGAGGACUAG